UGUCUGCAAAGAGCUGAGCUCUGCCCUCUGCCUGUGAUGGAGAUCAGUGUACACUGUGUAACCUCUUGAUGCACACAGGAUACUCAAGUCCUUGCUGAAGCCUGCUCUGGUACCUCAUUCCUCCUUCUCCCUACAUGCCUGAGUAAAAGACUCAGCAUUGUUUUGUUCCUCCCCUCUCACUCCCUGCUUGCUUCUGCCCUCCUCCCUACCACGUCCCUCCUCUAUCCUGCAGGACUUGGAGGUACACUUAAUUCUGCUACCUCUAGGAUAGCUCAUCUGUCCCUACCUCUAACAAGGAGGUUUGCACCACUGUGCACAACAGUCUGGGAAUGAGGUCCUGGAUACCUUGCAAACCAUCAUAUCCUCAAUAGACCAAGACUCUUACAAUGGAUCGUCUGAAAAUAGUCCUUGUUUUCUUUGGCAUCCUAACAUUCAGUUUUUGCAAAGGAGAGGAGAUAGAUGAAGACUACAUCUGGCACAUAGAGAAAAUACCUCAGAUUGUGAGCUCAGAUACCUUUCAGCUUGACAGUCCAUCUUUUGCAGCAGAACCUAAACUGGAGCUGAAUGGAACUUGUGGCAUUGAAUGUCAGAAAAACUUGCCACCACCAACUCUAGCUGAUUUAGAGAACUAUCUUUCAUAUGAAACUGUGUUUGACAAUGGCACACGCACCAUGACAAAAGUAAAUGUCCAACACUGGACAGAGAAGAAUAUAACAUCUGCAAAACAUUCUGUGCGCAGAAAAAGACAGAUCUAUGGCACUGAUAGCAGGUUCAGUAUAUCAGACAAGCAUUUUAUGACUAACUACCCCUUCAGUACAGCAGUGAAACUUUCUUCUGGGUGCAGUGGCGUUCUGAUUUCACCUAAGCAUGUUCUAACUGCAGCACAUUGCAUUCAUGAUGGAAAAGAUUACAUUAAAACUGCCAAGAAGCUUCGAGUAGGAAUCCUGAAAAUCAGAUCUAAGAGGGGUGGCAAAAGACGACGAGGAUCAAAAAAGAAUAAAGGGGGGAUUGCUGAUGAUGUUGAGCUCUCAUCAAAAGAUGGAAAGAAACAGAGGCGAAAAGCACACAAAAAAAGAUCUGUAACUGAAGAAGAAAAAAGUGCAAGAUCUGAAAAUGAAAAGGUUCCAGCAGUUGGGAAGCCAUCAUUCCAAUGGACAAGAGUGAAGGCAACUCAGAUCCCAAAAGGAUGGUUAAGGGAAGUAACAGAGGACAUGGCACUUGAUUAUGAUUAUGCUGUCCUGGAGCUAAAGCGCCCACAGAAAAAAAAGUACAUGGAACUUGGCAUCAGCCCGGAAGUUAAAAAGGUGCCAGGAAGUAGAGUGCACUUUUCAGGUUUUGAUGAGGAUAGGCCUGGUCAGUUGGUUUACCGUUUUUGUGGAGUUUCAGAUGAAUCUAAUGAUUUGUUUUAUCAGUAUUGUGAUGCAGAUCCUGGCUCCAGUGGGUCUGGAAUAUAUAUCCGUCUUAAGGAGCCAAACAAAAAAAAAUGGAAGCGCAAGAUCAUUGCCAUCUACUCAGGUCAUCAGUGGAUGGAAGUUGAUGGUGCCCAACAGGAUUUUAAUGUAGCUGUAAGAAUCACUCCACUUAAAUAUGCACAGAUAUGUUUCUGGAUACACGGAAAUCAUGCAGACUGCUCUCAAGGAUGAUCACAAAUAAAAGUAGCACCUCUGACAUCUGCAGUCGAUUAAUAGCAGCAAAUACAAAUUACUGGAAGAACAGUGACCCCUAGCGUCUAAAAAGGCUAAGUGAGAGACAAAAACAAAGCAACAUAUAGUGAUAUUGGGUGGACCAGACACUGAUCACACUGUUCAAAUAAACUUUUUCAAAUGAAAAAAGUAUAUUAUAUAUGUCAAAGAUUAAAUCUGACAUUAUAUAUAUAUAAAAAUAAUUAGUUGUGCAAUGCUCAAACUGUAUAGUGGAAUUCUAUAUUUUUUUUAAUCAGAAGGAAUCCAGCUAACCACCUGUGGGCAUGCACAUUUUCUCAGGGUUAUUGUAUCCUACUCUGCAAAAGAACAGGGUGAUUCAUGUUAAUAUGCAUCAAACCCACACUCAUAGUGAUUCUGAUAAAUAUUCUGUGAAUAGAGCACUUAUUUUUUUUUCUACUAUGCUCUUUUCAGCAGUUGACAGAUAUUGUAGAAGUGGCAUUUCAGAAUGUCUAUUAUACCAGUUCUACAGCAAUAAAAUGAUAAGUUAUCCAAACAACUUGAUGUGCAGUUGUUAUUACAUGUUCUAAACAUGAAAUGUAGCUGUCACAUCAUUUAAUAUAACAACACCAAGCUUUUUAAAGGGACAGUGUACUUUAAAAUGAGCUUCACUUAAUGUUUUUUUAAAUGAGUUGUUAUAACAACUGCAGAGUAUUAAAGGUAUGAUAAUAAAUUGUUCCCUUGGGUUUAUUGCUCAUUGAACUCUACUGAUAAUCUUCAAGAAAAUGUGCUUUCAAUUUGACUGAGCCUUUAGGAAGAGCAGACCUGGUUCUCUCUCUCAUACUUAGGAACUGAAAUUGUCAUUAUGAGUGAUGGUUUCAGCAAAAGCUGAGCAAAAGCUGCUUUUUCAAUUGAAAGAAUAAUCCUAAAGGCACGACUUCCAAUACAUUUAAUGCUCUGCAGCUGGUUAUUGUGAACACAUUAGGAGAACUACAGUCUCCAUUUAAGCUUUGUUUUUCUGCAUAUCUAAUUCUAACAUCAAAAUGAACAUUAAAAGGACAGUCAACUAAAAAAUUGUUAUUGUUUAAAAAGAUAGAUAAUCCCUUUAUUACCCAUUCCCCAGUUUUGCAAAACCAACACUGUUAUAUUAAUAUACUUUUUACUUCUUGUAGAACUUGUAUCUAAGCAUCUUCUGACCGCUCCUAAUCACAUGACUUUUAGUUAUUAUCUAUUGACUUGCAUUUUAGCCAAUUAGUGCAGUGUCUGCCACUAGCCACGAGCGUGAUCACAAUGCUAUCUAUAUGGCUCACGUGAACUAGCAGUCUCCUGUUGUGAAAAGCAAAUAAAAAAACAUGCGAUAAGAGGCUGUUUUUAGUGGAUUAGAAACAGGCAGAAAUUUAGAGGUUUACAUGUUAUAAAGGAUAUUAAUAUAACAAUGUUGGUUGUGCAAAGCUGGUGAAUCGGUAGUAAAGGCAUUAUCUAUCUUUUUAAACAAUAACAAUUUUUUUGUUGACUGUCCCUUAAAAUUUUGCCUUAAAGGGACAUACAGCUGUUAUUUUCUCUUUACAUAUCCAUAGUAUUUACCAGAAAAAAUUACAUUGCAAAAUAUCUACAUACAAAAAAAUGUUUUAAAAGAGGCUCAGAUUAUUUUUUAUCUUUUGAGUUUAUAUUUUUUACUGUUACAUUCCCUUAAUUUCACUUUAUUUUAAAUCAGUGAGCGGUUGACAAAGUUCCUCUGUUUGCCCAAAGUAAAAUAUAUUGUAAAUACAGUGGGGGAAAUUAGAUUAUUGUUGUUUUCAAAUCAAAACUCUGAGUACCAGAUAUCAGCAGGGAAAGUAACAUCACCACUGCUGCACAUUUAACAUUUUUUACUAUUUAUUGACAAAUAUAUAUAUAUAUAUAUUAAAAGCAGAAAUCACUAUUUGGUUUUUGCUGGAGGUUUUUAAAAUAAAAUAUUUUCCUCAUAAUUAGAGUGUGUAUAAGUGUCAAGCACUUCUUAAAGAAGCAUAAUAGUGCAAUAAUAAAGUGCUCUUAUAUAUAAGAGCACUUUAUUAUUGUACAAAUACUUGUGUCUAACUAUAUGUGUAUCCCACCAGCCAUAUCCUGCACUAUUAUGUCCCCUUAAAUUAUAUGAAGAGAAGGAUAGAUCAGAAGGCUCACAUUUUUAUUGGAAUUCACUAUUAUAGACUAAAAAGAACAUCAGAGUAGUUUUACACUUAUAUUUAAAAAAACAUGCAAAAUGUUUUAUCUGAACCAGUUUGGCUCUUUCUAAUGUCAUUAUCUAUUGUGCUGACAGCUUUGUACAAUAAGAAAUAGUGCCAUAUGCUAUAUAUGGGGCAACCUGAUGUAUGGAGGCAUGGAAUAGUAAUAAAUAAAAAGGCUAAUGAGCAAACAUAUUACUAGACCUUCACAAUGAAAAGAAUCUCUGGUAAAUAUAGUUUAUUUUAAGGGUGUUCUAAUGACUUUUUUCGAUAAAUGGUGCUAGAACUAGGCACAUACAAUUUUAUAUUCUACAUAUAUUGUAAUGAAUGGUUAAGGUGCUAACUAUGUGUGACCAUUCAUUAAGAUAAGGGUUAUACCAUUUUAAGUGUUUUUAUUUAAUUUAUUGCAUUACUUAAUUGAUAAUAUUGUAACAACCAAAAUACAAUUUCAAAAAAAUGCAUGACAAUGUUGUUUAUCGUGUAACAUUUUUCUUAUGCUUGUAAAUCAGGUCAUGUUAUUGUGCUCACAACUCGUUUUGCUUAGUUUAGCAGCAGACCAGACAGAUAAUACUUUGGUAUUUAUUUAUCAAAGUAUGAAGAUACAAAGAGUCAUUUAUAUAGGAAAAAUGCAUCAGAGAUAGAGAUGGUUUUAAUAACUUCAGUCCUAAUUUAUUGUACUUUAAUGUAGCCUUUAAAAUAAUAAAUAAAAACAUGUAUAUUUUU